ACUUUUAAACCCUAAAAAACAACACUUCUCCAGCUACCCACAAAUGUGCCGCAGCUCUUCAUUUGCUCCUCCACCAUUCUAGUCCUCUCCCUUUUCCGACCAUGAAACGACGAAGCGAGGUCGCUUUCCGACGAAUCUCACGACGGCGUGGGCGUUGUGCGAGCGGACGUGCAAGCGAAGACGCGGGGCGGUUACUGCGACGUGCGUGCUGAAACUGCUGCAACAGAGGCUGCUUCUAAGUUUCUGCUGUUUUGUUUUUUUAUGGGCUAAUAUUUGGGCUAAUUUGGGUUUAAUCUAGGCUUGGGUUAAUUGGGUUUAGUAAUGGGCCAUUAGCUUUUUAGUCAGGCCAAAAUUGGCCUAUUACAGAUGUAAUUUACUAUUUUUAAAAUGAAAAAAAAAAGACUAAACACAUAUAAUAUUAAAAAAUAAAAAUGUUUAUUAGAAUUAAUUAUAAUUAAAUCAACUCCUUAAUUCCCAAAAUAAUUUAGGUUGAUGUUGAAAAGAGUAUAUUUCCUUUGCUUUUCAGAACUUAUUUGUUCCUUUCUGCUGAAGUGAUUAUGAAGCAUAUCAAAAUAUUCAAAGGAAUUUGAAGAAAAACCAUAGAUGGGUAGCAUUUUACAUCCUCUUUUGGCCCCCAAGGUCUGAACUUGCAAAUGCUGCCAGAUCAAUAAAAAGGUAAACUAUAAAAAUAUUUGUUGAAGUCACCCAUAUUUCAAUUAUAACAAUUUAAUUAUAUGUGGAACCAAAAUCACACGUAUUGAUUAAAUGGAUGACACGUCUUAAACAUCUACACAUCAUACCUUUUUUCUUUUUCUUUCUCCUGUUUGUUGUUUUUUUUUUUUCUACAUUUUCAUUUCUUCGGGUUUUUACUAAAUUAUUAUAAAAUAAAUAAAAAAUAACCAAAAUAUUAUUACUUUUUUAUUUGCCAAAAUAUUAUAAUUUUUUUUAUUUAUCAAAAUAUUCCAAAAAAUAAAAAAAAACUUGCACCGAUUUGACAACACCCUGGUAGAGGAUUUUGGACUGGCGACACCAAUGGUGCAAUACUGAUUGGCGGCACUACUCGUGUUAUAAACACGAGAUCUGUCCAGCUGAAGGGAGAAAAAUAAGAAGAAAAAUAAGAAGAAAAAGAAGAGGAAGAAGAGGUGUUGUGGAAAAAAAAGAGAAAAAGAGAGAAAAAGAAGAUUAAAUAUUGAAGAUGGAUGCUAAGUUUUUUGUAUGCGUUUAUUUCGAUGGAAUCAUCUUGACAACAAGUGUUGGAUGUGUAUUUGAAUGUCGACAACAAAUAGCAAUGAGAUUUAAUAGAAAUAUCACGUUCGAUGAAAUGAAGGCAAGGAUUAAUGCAAAAAUUCUUAAACGUUGUGGGUGAAGGAUAUCAAAUUUUUUUUUACAAGUUUCCAGUUUCGACAAAUCCGGUCAAAUUCGUCGAAAUGGAACUUGUAGACGACGAAGAAGUGGAGACAAUGGUCGAUCUCUACUGUGGGAAUGGGAGUGAUAAGAAUGCACCAAUUCACUUAUUUGCUGAGUUAGUCGGUAUGGAGCAAAAUGAAGAUGUCAAUGCAUCUGAUGAAGAACACGGAGCUCAAGAACUGUGAAUGGUGGCUCCAAUAUCAUACGUUGAUAGUGAAUCGACUAUGAGUGGGAUCGGUAUCGACCUAAAUAUUACACCUGAUGUUGAUAUGGUUGGUGGUGAAGAAGGUGGUGACGAUCAUUGGGAUGAAGAGGUCGAUAGUGACAGUGAUCCUGAUGUGGACGAUGUACCUGAUGAUAUUGACGAUGAAGAUGUCAACAACGAUGAAGACAUUAACGCUUUUUCGGUCGGGGAGCAGAUGCAGCGUAUGUAGCCGAGUUCCCAGAGUACCCUAAAAUAGUUCAUCCUUACGGGGUGGCCGUAACAUCCGUUAAGGAGUUAUUCAAAGGCCAGAGAUUCAGCUGUAAAGAAGAGUGCGUAUAUGCCAUUAAACGGUACAGCAUGAACAUAUCGGUGGAUUAUAAAGUCGCAGUGUUUACUCCGACAAUAUAUGUUGGUGAGUGUUAGAAGGUAGCGGAAGGCUGCAAUUGGCGGGUACGAGCUGCAUUCAUUAAAAGUUCUCAGAUGUGGGAGAUACGAAAAUUUGUUGGUCCUUAUACAUGCAUAUCAACACAUAUGACAGAAGAUCAUGGAAAACUUGAUUCGAAAACUACCUGUACGUGUAUCAUGCCAAUGGUGAAGGACAUGCCGACCAUUAAAUUUUCGAUACUGAUUACCGAAUUGCAAGCACAAUUCCAGUAUCGAGUCUUAUAUCGGAAGGCAUGGAUAGCUAAACAGAUGGCAAUGGAGCAACUGUAUGGGGAUUACGAUUCAUCAUAUAACAAGCUUCAAGGUUGGAUAGUUGCUAUGCGGGAGUACGUACUGGGGACUGUGAUUGAGUUGCAUACAAUACCAUAUUAUGGCCCGGACGACCAGUUACAACUGGCAAAAAGAAAUUUCCAUCGGAUGUUCUGGACGUUUGAUCCAUGUGUACGGGCAUUUCCCCACUGCAAGCCAUUCGUGCAGGUGGAUGGGACCUGGCUAUAUGGAAAAUAUACACAGAUCCUAGUUCUUGUAGUUGCUCAAGACGGCAACAGAAACGUGCUCCCGAUAGCAUUUGCUAUCGUAGAUAAAGAGAACAUGGAGUCUUGGGAAUUCUUCCUCACAAACCUACAGAGGUAUGUUAUUAGCAAUGAUAACAUUUGCAUCAUCUCCGAUAGAGGGAAGGGUUUAAUUGCAGCAAUUAGGUGUUCCGGUGUGCCGUGGAGAUCCGUUUACUGCAUCCGUCACAUUGCGACUAACUUCCACAAAGAUUACAAGAAUGCAGACUGGAAGAGACAAGUCGUGGCAAUGGCGUACAAGUCAGAGCCACAUAUUUUUUGGCAAAAAAUGAUCCGACUUGGGAGUGAAAUGGAGGGGUAGGCAAGCACAUCUUUCCGACAAUGGUUGGGUACAAUGGAGUCGUGGCAAUGGGCUCAAAGUUUUGACGAGGGCUUUCGUUAUGGCCAAAUGACCACAAACUUAGUCAAGGGGAUCAACGCUGUCUUGUUGAAAACACGUCAUCUUCCGAUUGCAUCUUUCUUUUCUGCUACUUUCUACAGUCUGGCUACAUUGAUGCCAAGAAUGGGUUAGCAACAAGUUGACCAGAUUGAGGCGGGGCACGUGUUUGUCGAACAUGUCAGGGAUGCAAUGGUUGCAAACUGUCGGUUGCCGAGGUUAAUGAAUGUAGAAAUAUAUUCAUGACGACUGGAAACGUUUCGAGUUACUGAGUCCAUCAGUCGUCGACCUGGUAUACCAACUAGGUCCUACGGAGUUGAUCUCCGGAACAGACGGUGUGAGUGCAGGAGAUUCGACACACUUCCUUAUCCAUGUGCGCAUGUUGUGGCAGCGUGUGCCAAAGUCAACAUUAAUGUUGAACAAUAUGUCGAUGAUGUGUACACGCUCGAGCGCACAUUGCGUAUCUAGGAAAAUGAGUUCCUCGUCCUGCCUGACCUAUCUACGUGGGAGGUGUCUCCGAUGACUUUCGGGCUUCUCCCAGACAGAGGGCUACGGAGGAAACCAAGAGGUUGUCCGCAAUCAAGCAGAAUCCGUAAUGAAAUAGACAUUAGGGAGAAAUCCGACGGUAAGCGUUGUGGAUUAUGUAGGUUAAGUGGUCAUAAUCGGAAUAGAUGUCCUCGUCGGAACUUUCAUGUUGGACAGUCAUCCGGAUCGGGUCAGAAUUGACCUAAUGAUGUAAAAUUUUUAUGUAUAGUGUUAUAAAAAGUAUAAUUUAUUUGAAAUAAUCUUUAUUAUUCAGCUUAUGCUUAUGCU